UGCGCAUCAGUGAAAAGUGAACCUCCAUUUCCUAGAAUAAGUCGAAAUCGGAAUCAGAUACCGAGAAAAACUGAAAAUUCUUCCCCGCCCAUCGAAGAUCGUGAGCGAGAGUGCCAGUGACAGCCCGAAAAUGAAGGGUAACAAAAAUUAGAAACGUAGUCAGUAAUGGAAGAAGAACGAAACGACGUCCACGGAUAUGCCAAACUCGGAAAAGCGAAGAGGGAGACGGACCAUCACACUAGGGGUGCUUUUACCAAUUUGUCGCCCCCUUUGGACGCAUACAAUGCCGUUUAUUUAGCCUUCGUUCUUGGCGGAGCUGGUUUUCUGCUACCCUAUAACAGUUUCAUCAUGGCCAUGGAUUACUUCAAAGUGCGAUAUCCUGGAACUCCAGUAGUAUUCGACAUGUCCUUGGUAUACAUAGCAGUGGCCUUGUUGACUGUUCUUGGAAACAAUCUGCUUGUGGAAACUUUCUCGCUGAAUUCCAGAAUAAAUUUCGGUUACAUUAUGUCCUUCAUCACUCUGAUCUUCGUAGUAGUCUGCGAAGUAUGGUGGGAAGCUUUUGGAUCAGCCACUUCUUAUACUGUUAAUUUAGCGGCAGUGGCCGUUGUAUCAAUUGGUUGUACUGUUCAGCAAUCGAGUUUUUAUGGAUACACCAGCAUGUUACCACCGAAAUACACCCAAGCUGUAAUGGUGGGGGAAAGUACUUCCGGAGUAUUUACAUCAACCGUCCGAGUUCUGACAAGGUUCUUGGUGAAAGAACUUCGAGGUAGUACCAUCUAUUUCUUCACGGUGUCGGUAUCUUCAGUUGCCACUUGCUUCGCCAUGUACCAUCUCAUAAGACGAACGGACUUUAUUCAGUUUUAUAUAGCUUUAUGUGAGAGGGCCAAGACUAGAAUCACUUUGGAACCGACAGAAGAUGCUGGCUUGAUUGAAACCACAGAUACCCAGUACGGAGUACUAAAGAUCCAAACCAGUCCACCACCCACUGGAAAUUCCCUCAGUUUCGCUAAUCCAGCAUACGAACCUUCUGCUGCUGUUCCCACUUACAAAGUAGAAGACAUUGUGAUCAGAGGUCGUCCAAGUGUCAGUACCAGUGGAGUAGGGUUGUCAUCUCUGAAGAGAGGACUACAAGCUAGAUGGGAAGUCACAAAAGCGAUUUAUCCCUACAUGAUAUCAAUCUGCUUGGUAUAUUUCGCAACCCUUUGUCUUUAUCCCGGUGUGGCUUCUGAGGUCAUCAGUUGCCAUCUGGGAUCAUGGAUGCCGAUACUGAUGAUGGCUUUCUUCAAUAUUGCAGAUUUGAUAGGUAACAUGAUGACCCUGCUAUAUAUGUUCGGCUUGGCAGCUGGAUCAUUAGUAGCAUACUCGCUGGAGAAUAUCUUGAACCCAGUGGAAGAACAUCCAUGCGACUACCACUCCAAUAUUCAGGUCCAGGAAAAAACCGUUCACAAUGUAGCAAACACCACUGUAGACACCAUCAUAUCAAGCACGCCUUCCACAACCUUGGCUAAGGCCCUAUUAUCACUGACUACCUUGAAUUCAACCGAUACCGUUUAGAUUUUCUUUGUUUGAUAGAGCUGUGUUAGUUUCAGAAGAUAUAUUGAUUAAAUAUUAUGUUUUA